AUGCCAAUAAUUACAACAAGCACAUCCGCUGUUUCUGCUUGGACGCCUUUGACACAAUUUGCUUAUGGAUUUGCUAUUUAUCCUUUUACUCCUGGUGCGCAAAACAAUUCUUCGUCAGAUUCUAUAAAAGAUGCUCAAAGCAUAAAUGAAUCAGUCGAUGGUGUUGUUGAUUUAAAAUCUAAUGAAAAAAAUGAUUUAAUUUCUAAAAAAGAUAAUAAAAUUGAUUCUGAUUCAAAUUCAAAUCAUAAAUUAGUAGAUCAUGAUUCUCAACCUGACAAUGAAAAGAACAAGGUGCUUGAAUAUCUUGAUGAUGUCAAAUUACAAGUUAACGAAUCAACAAAAUCUUUUAAUGAUGCUGCUUCACUUGAUUCUACUACUCGUAAUGAAAAUGAAAAACCUGCUUCUAUUAAUGACAAUGAUGAUAAUGACAGGCCUCCUCCACCACUACCUUCACUUGAAUGUGGUGAUGAUACAAUAAGUGGAAAGAAUGAACCUUUGAUAGAUGAAAUUUCAAGCGCAGUCAGAGAAUGGUGUAGUCUUUUACCUACUUAUUUGGAAGAAAGAAGAUACUCCAUGUUUAGAACUGUUAAAGAUCAAAUAAAUGAUUUAUUACAGGGUCGAAGGCAACUACUUGCUCAAACUUUAUCUCAAGAUGAACUGAGCAAGCUACGUAAAGAGCUUAUCAAUAAACUUGUUUCUGGUAACAUAAUUCAAGAUUUAGAUAUUAUUGUCAGGCAUCCCGAAAAAGGUUUUCUUGCUGAUGAAACAAAUGUAUCAGCUAUUCGUCUAUAUCAAUUGCAAGGUCAUUUAUCAAUUCUCAAUGCAGAAAAAUUAAAACAUGAUUCAUCGUUACCUUUCAAUAGCCCUACUAUUUUAAAUUCACCAUCAAUAACAUCACCGUCACUCCCCGCUAUUUUACUGCAAAAUAAUUCCUCCUCUUACACAACAAUACCAACAAUUGCCACUAAUGAUAGUGUUAGUCACGCACCAAAGUUUUACCAUGUGUUUUUGGAUUUAAAAGCUUGGGUUGCUUCAAUUUCUGCUUUUGGUGAAUACACUGAAUUAUAUUUUUCUUUGUACACGAAAACAGAUUCAAGAUUUAUUACAGAAGAAUAUUGUAUUAUACUUAAUCAUAAUGGUGUACCAAAGGAUGAAUCAAAAAUUCAAAAAAUCAGAACAUUGUUUACUGAUCUUUCUCCUCAUGACAUUCAAGAUCAAGUUUUUCUUAUUUGUAGGAUCAUUCGUACAGGAAGCAUGAAAAUGGAAAACAAAGAUAAAGACUUUUCAAAAGACAGCAACUCUGUAAAAUCAUCAUCAUCAUCCUUUUCUUCGCAAAAUAAUUCCAAUGGCAAUAAUAGUACCAAUAUAAGAUUAUCUCCACAAACUUUUCGUAGACCCUUUGGCUGUGCUAUACUUGAUAUAACUCAUUUGAUCCAAGGAAAAGAAAAAGAAUCUAUGAGUGAACACGUAAUGCAAAUCUAUGUGCCAACUCAAGGAUCUACUUUCGCUAUUUUGCAUGAAGACAUUAUUUAUAACCGUGUUAAAGAGUUUGAAAAAUCUCCAAGAGCAGAGAUGAUCAGUGUAUCAAUUCGUUCAUUUUAUGGUGAAGCUACAACAAUCAUCAAGGAAAAUACUGCUCUACUUCAAGAUAUCACUAUUACAUCUCGUCUUGGAUUUGCUGAUGUGGUAUUUCCAGGUGAUGUAAGGAACGAAAUUUAUCUUAAACUUUGGUCUGGUGAUUUCACACAAGGUAGAACCACAACUGCUAGAAAUAUUCAAGUAACGGCAGAAGUUAGAUUAAGUUCUGGCGAAGUUUUAAAAAAUGCCAUCUCUCAAGGAUCUGGUGAACCACCUGUAACACAGUUUGAGUCAAUUGUUUUCUAUCAUUCAAACAAUCCAACUUGGGGUGAAUUUAUAAAAUUGACAAUUCCAUCUGCUUUAUUUGAGCAAGCUCAUGUUUUUUUAACUUUUAAACAUAGAACAACAAAAGAUAAAAAAGAAGAUAAAUUUUUUGCUUUUGGGUACUUGCCACUAUUUCCUGAGAAAAGAGCUUUCAUUAGUGAUGGAAAACAUACUUUGACUUUAUACAAAUAUGAUAAGCAACUAAUAAAUCCUCCAUCUUAUUUAAGUGUGCCCUGGUCAUCACUAGCCACAAUAGUUGAUACAGCCUCUGUACAUCUCACAAAUAAUUCUCAAAUGUCGUUACAUAAAUUGAUCUCCCCAUUAAAAGAUACAGCUGUAAUUUGGACUUAUUUAUGUUCUACAAAAUAUACACAGAAUGAAGUAUUACUCAAGCUAUUAAAUUGGGAAAAACAAUUAUUAUCAAAUGAAAAUGAGUUGAAGUCAGUUUUAAAAAAAUUUACUUUUGUUAGUGAGGUGGAAAUUGUUAAAUUUCUUCAAGAUAUUUUUGAUGCAUUAUUUGGUAUUUUGGUAUCAGCAAGGAACCAACAAGGAGAACUAGAUGAUUUGAUAUUUAAUGCAUUAGUAACUAUUCUUGGAAUAGUUUCUGACAGAAGAUUUAUGAAUUUUAAGCCUGUACUUGAUGUAUAUAUUGAAAACCAUUUUUCCUGCGCUGCUGCUUCAUCUCAUUUCAUCAGAUCAAUGAACCAUUUAGUCUCUAAUCCAACCGGUGUAGAAACUGCAAAAAAUCUACGUUCUGCUAUCAAAGUUUGGCAAUACAUUUUCAAAUUUAUCAUGAGAUCCAGGGAACUGCAAAGAACAAAAGAAACAGAUAUGGGUCUGUCAGGAAAUUAUGUUGAAGAACAAUUUAAAACUGAUCUUUUCUCUUUAUUUAAAAGUAUAGACAAAUUAAUGUCAAUUACCACACCACAAUCAAUAAUUGGUACUCAGGCAUUAGCCUUGCAACAUUUUGGUUCUAUUUUCACUGACCUUGGCAAAUGUUUCUCAUCUGAUGACCUAAUAUUGAUUGCAAUACGAUUUACUGAAUCGGUUCGGUUGCCUAAAGGUAAACUUUUAGCUUAUAAACUUUUGGUGAUUCUACAAUUUUGUCGCGGUCCAUUAUUUGAAAAUCCCGAGUCUAGAGCAACCCUAAUACCUAGAGUGGUUGAAUGGCUUUCUGAUCAUAUGGGUAGAUGGGAAGUUACAAAUAAACAAACUAAUGAUUACGAAGCUGCGAGAUUACAAUGGCAAGAUGGUAUUAGGCUGUGUGUGUCUAUUUUGGCAGUUAUGUUGGAAAUCCUACAGAAUUCAAUUGAAAAGGCUUCAAAUGACAAAGAAUCAACUAAAAGAGAAAUUGAAAAUGUGAUGGUGCUUCUUCCAUUGUUGAUGAAACUCUGUGAAUCUUAUCGAGAAUUACAUAUUACUUCUUUUGAUGAACAUGAAAGUUUACAUCAUGAGCAAAAUCCCUUGUCUUCUUCAAAUUUAACAAAUAAUUCAGGAACACCAUCAACCAUAAAUUCAUAUAGAUACUCAAAAGAUUUUCCCUUUUUCCAAUCGUCAAAUAAAAUGUCUAGUGGUUUGGGUGAAAUAGCAACAGUUUUAUUACAAAUAAUAUAUUUAGUAUCACAAAAAAACAUGAAAGAGCAUCUUCUAUCAACUUAUUAUAGAGAAGGUCAUGAUUCUACAGCAGAAUUUCUGAUUAUUCUGUUCCAAGUCGCACGAUCAGUACUAAUAAAUGAUGCAUUUCCAAAAUCAUGGUUAAAUAUGAAUAUGAUAGCUCAUAAAACCUUUUUAAAAGUCCUUGAACCAAUAUCAAUAAUGAUGGAAAAAAAUUAUAUACCAGAUAAAGAAGCACCAAAUUCAUUUAAUGAAGAACUUUGGAGAGAAUAUUUCAAUUGUCUUUUAUGUCUGCUUACCAGUAGACAUCUAGUGAUUGAAGAUUUCACGCCACAAAAACGUCGUGCAAUAUGGAGGUUGGCAGGUGAUAUUCGUGGACAAGGAGCAAAAUUAUUAUCAACAUUAUGGAAUGCUAUUGGAUGGGAACAGGGUAAAGAAGGGAAAAUGGGUGGUUAUCAAGUUCGAUUCAUAAACACAUUAUUAGGUCCAAUGUUAGAAUUGUGUCUGUCUCAUCAUGAUGAGUUGCGUUCUGCUGCCACCACUGUUUUAUUCAGCAUGAUAGUAACACAAUAUAUGCUAGAAAAAGAUUUGAAACAAAUUGAAUCAGACAUUAUUGAUAUAUUUGAUAGACUUUUCAUGUCUGAAACUAAAGGUGACGAAAUGUCUUGCUCAUAUUUUAUUGUAUAUAAAUAA